AAAAAGGAAAACGAAGAGGGAGGAGAAAAGAAUCAAAUCAAAUAUGGUGGUUGUCGGAGAGGUGAUUGCAAGCAAAAUCAUUGAGAAGCUGGUGGAGGUUGGGUUUGACUACGCAGCAGACCAGUUUUUUGCUCGGGGAAGACGAAUGAACGACGAGCUUCAAAGGCUCAAGGAUGCUCUUCCUCGUAUCCAAUCAGUCGUAAACGCAGCGGAGAGCGGGCAAGGAGAAACAACCGGAGACCUCGACAAAUGGCUAUGGCAACUCAAAGGUGCUGUCUACAUGGCCAGUGACGUACUCGACGAUCUCGAUUAUACAGAGAUACAGAAGCGAGUGGAGGCGGAUGCUGCAGGAAGAGGGCCUCGUGGCAGCAAGGUGAGCGGUUUUAUUUCCGAUUCUAAACGAAGAAUUUCCAAGUUUAGUAAAAGAGCCUUUAAAUCCGACCCCACCCUCGAGAAGCUAAGGGGGGCUGUCAAGAGGCUAAGUGAAGUGGCGGCAGGCGUUGAAGUUUUUAACAGUUUAGUAACAGAGCGUAAGCAACUUCAACAACAACAACAACAACAGCAGCAACAACAUCGUGAAACUGGACCUAUCGUAAGGGAGAGAGAUGUGUUGGGAAGGGAUGAGGAGAGGAAGGAAGUGUUACAGUGGUUGAUGAGGGUGCCCAUCGCUAAUGAGGAUCAUGAGGGCAUCUCUCUUUUCUCCAUUGUGGGCCUCGGAGGAGUUGGAAAGACAACCCUUGCACAACUCGUCUACAGGGAUGACACCCUACAGAGUUCCUUUAGCAUCAAAAUUUGGGUGUGUGUCUCCACUCGCUUUGAUGUUAAAAAUAUUAUGGGAGACAUCCUACAAUACGCUCCUAAAAAGAGACCUGGCGUUGGAGGACUUGCCCGACUACAGGAAGAUCUUGAGGCCUUUGUGUCAUCUAAGAAAUUUCUCCUCGUCUUGGAUGACGUUUGGAAUGACGACGAUCUCUCUAGUUGGCAGACGUUUUUUGCUCCGUUGAGGUGUGGACUUAAAGGAAGUAAAAUCAUUUUAACUACCAGAUCGGAGAAGGUCGCCGAAAUGGCUACACUAGCUUUGGGAGGGACGGCAAACGAGUCGAUGAAGUUAAAACCCUUGGAUGGUAAUGACUUCUUAUCACUUUUCAACCGAUACGCAUUUGCUGGAACAAAUCCCCAUAAUCAUGGGAAGCUGCAAUCAAUUGGCGAGCAAAUAGCCGAAAGGCUUGGAGGCUUGCCGCUGGCUGCCAAGACAAUUGGAGCGUUAUUGCGUUCUAACUUGGAUGACAGUCACUGGAUGAAUAUUCUGCAAUCUAGUCGUAUAUCAGAUCACGGACCACAGAGAGAUGGUGUGAUGCCGGCUCUAAUGUUGAGCUACUAUUAUUUAUCGAAGCACCUAAGACCUUGUUUUGCAUUUCUCAGCACCUUUCCUCAAGAUCACCGGUUUUUCAAAGAUGAUCUAGUUUUAAUGUGGAUGGCGCUCGGCUUCAUCCAACAAUCUCCUCAGAAUCCAGCACAAGCACCAGAGGAUAUUGGAAGCCACUACUUUGAUGAGUUAGCCAAACUGUCAUUCCUUGAACCAUUUGGUCAGCAAAUCACAAAUCCCUUAACUCAAAGAAGGGAAGAAGCGUACAUCAUGCAUGAUCUUUUGCAUGAUCUGUCAAGCAAAGUAUCUCAUGGUGAAUGCUUUACGUUUGUUGGAGAUAUGUCAAUCAACCAGAUCCCAAACACAGUACGUCAUUUGUACUUUGAAACCGGUGAUCUUGGUCUUCUCAAAGAUAUGGACAAAUGGAAGAACUUGCACACCCUGAUUUUAAAAUUCAAUGGAUACAAUGAUGAGCAUGCCGCGGCUUUCCAACAAGUGUUUGAAUCACUAGAAAGCAUUCGAGUGUUGUGCAUCAAUAUUGAAGAAAUGGAAGUGUUGCCGUGUGCAAUAGGUAAAUUGAGGCAUCUCAGAUAUUUGUCACUUGCUGGUCUUUUUGCUCGGUUGCCUAGUUCAAUCUGCAAGCUUUACCACCUGCAGGUACUUGCUCGUAGGUAUAUUGAAACUUUUCCAGUUUUGGUCUUGAAUAACCUUAUUAACUUGAGACACCUGCUGCCAUAUGAGAUUCCCUACGAAAACGUCGAUGGGAUUGGGACUCUUACUUCGCUUCAAAGGUUAACUUUCAGUGCUGGUGAUUAUAAAUUUAGCGAACUAAAGGACCUGAGAGAGCUUCAGGAACUCCGGAUUGGUGGCCUUCGGAACCAACUACACGGCAAGGAGGUUAGUCUGGUUCAGCUACGUGAUAGAAAGAGACUCCAAGUGUUACAUUUGGAAUGGGAUGACGAUAGUGAUGCAGCAGAGGAGUAUGAAAAGGUGCUCGAUUGCCUCCAUCCGCCUGAUAUCCUCAAGGAACUCGAAAUUACACAGUACGGAGGUGCAAGGUCUCCAUAUUGGAUGGAAAAAGAUUUGUUAAAAAAUCUAGAGCGCGUUUUUCUUUCCAGAAACGCAGCAUGGAAGCACCUUCCUUCUCUCGGGAAGCUUCCGUAUCUCAAUAAAUUGAGUUUGAUUUCACUAACAGGACUUGAGCAAAUUGGCUUUGAAGGCGGAUUUCAGCAGCUGAAGAAUUUACAAAUCCGGGAUUGUGAACAAUUGGAAGAGUGGUCCGGAUUUGGAGCGGAGACGGCUGCACCUUGCUGGCCUCUCCUUGAAGAUCUCGGAAUCCGGGGGUGUCCCAAACUUAAGGCAUUGCCUCCUCUGCCCCUUGCUGGCCUACAGAGCUUGGUGUUACAGAGUGUGGGAUUGUCUGAUUCUCCAACAUUCUUCCCGGCUACUCCAACCUCGUCCUCCUCCUCUCCUCCCCUCACUCGCAUGGAGAUUUCAUUUUGUGAAAAUUUAACAUCAGUGGCCGGCUUGCUGCGGCAUCGCCUCACCGCCCUCAGGAGGUUGAUGAUUAAGGGUUGCGAAGCUCUUGCGGAUCUGUACGCAGGGGAAGGCUUUCAGCACCUGCACUCCAUCGAAAGCCUAGCGAUUGAAGACUGCCCAAAGCUGAAGAUGGCUACCGACGCGGUCGCCCUUACUUCUCUUUCUCGACUUACACUGUCAGGUCUGAACCACAUAACAUCCUUUGCCUCCGAAGAGGCGUGCAGAAGAUUAACUUCACUACGAUGGCUGCGAUUGGAAGACUUGGGAGGGCUGAUGUCAGUUGAGGGUCUAAAGGCUCUUUCCCACCUUGAAAGGCUAUGGAUUGGCAAGUGUCCCAAGCUCGUGCAAGCAACAGCAGCAGCAGCAGCGUCAAUUAAGGGGAAGGAGGAGGAGGAGGAGUUCACAUUAGCCGUCGGCGAUCUUACCAUUGAUGACCCCUUGUUGCUCCACGUUGAACCGUUGAGAAAACUCACGUCUGUCACAGGUCUACGGAUAGGAGACUGUGGGAAUCUGGAGAGCGAGGGAGACAUCGACCCGUGGUUGUUGCGCAACGGAACUUCGCUCCGAUCCAUCGUCCUGGGAAAGUACAGUACUGCAGAGUCGCUGCCUCGUAGCCUCCAAGCCCUCUCUUCCCUGGAGGGUUUAAAAAUCACUGGAGCUCAUCAGCUCCAGUCGCUGCCGCGGAUGCCCUCGUCUCUGCGAUGGCUUAGCAUCCUUGGCUGCAACGGGACGCUGGUGGAGCGGUGCGCGGAGGACGAAGGUGCCGAUUGGCCCAACAUUAAACACAUCCCUCGGAUUGAUGUCUCAGACUCAGAUGAUGUCUCAGACUCAGAUCAGUAUUAAUUGCAUUUGAGCCUGAUAGCGACUGUUUUGUCCUAUUUUGGGCUCACCGCAAAGAAAAUGAGAGGUGUGUACACUUUUUUUGCCUUGAAAUAGGAGACAAGACUUCAUGUUCAGUUUUCUGGCUAAAAUUUAUCCUUUUGUUUUUUUUAAAAGGUUCCUGAUGUUAUGAACAUCUGCUAGGGUUUUAUGUUACUUUUGUAGCAUAACCUUAUGUAUGUUUGGCUCUUAAUUCAUGAGUUCUUUAUUUAUCAAACUUCAGUUUCUUACAUGUUGAGCCACAAAGUAUUCGAUUCGGGCUGUGGUUUGAUUUGCGUUUGUUUUCUGCGAGCUUCUUUAGCAAACAUAGCGUAGAAGCUGCUCGAUGAGACUGUUUACAAGAUUUUCAUGCUGCUCUUCAUUUCUUACAUAGACUUCUCAGAAGAAGGCAGGUUCUCUUUGAGUCGGGCUGUAAUUUGAUUUUGCGUCUGUUUUCUGCGAGCUUCUUUAGCCGGUGCAGCUAUUUCCUUUUCCUUUACCAUGCAUGAAGUUGGGCUUCUCAUAUCACAAACAAAAGGUGAAAUUUAUGAUAAAUCUACUCCUUAUUUUGCAUAAUAGAGUACGUUCCUAAGAUGAAGGGCGAAUUUAUCCGGUUAAUUGCAUUUUUGUUCUGGUGAUAUGCGGUUCUGCCUUCAAACUUCUUCAUAUGCCAAUUCAGAGAGAAGAUAAGAGAGUAGAAGUUUGAAUCUUUAUGUGCAAACUUCUUUAUUUGCCUCCCCGUUUAAGAAGCUAAAUGAAUAUUGAGUUGGAGCCUAUGAUGCAGAGCUCUUUCCAUACUACUACAGUAAACUGUGCCCUCUUGCUGAAGAAAUCAUCAGGUAAAAUGUCAAGGUAGAGCAAUUUAUUGUGACCCAUUAUUUUCAGCAGCUCUCUUGAGACUCCAUUUCCAUGAUUGUUUUGUUCUGGUCUAAUUCUUUGGCUAAUUAAUAUUUUUAAAUAUGAGUUCUUGUUAUUGUUAAGUUUAAUACUAAUGUUGUGAGAAGUUUGUGUAGGGAUGUGAUGCAUCUUUACUGCUUUAAAUUGGUACAUUUGACAAAGGUGGAAGGACAAUCGGGACAGUUUUAGGCAUAAUUGGCAGGUUUUGAAGCACAUACAUUGGAUGUCGAUAGGAAGAGAAAGAAAGUACAAGUAACCAGCUGCAGAUGAUUAGAUUGCGAAAACUCGUUUUUGGAAGAGAUUUACGUGUUACGUACUAAAUAGAAUUCGUUACGGAUGAGAUUCAUUAGCUACUAUAAACAUGAGCUGGGAAAUUGAAGAGCUUGCGUGGUUAAUGUGCAACAUUGCCAUAGGGAAUGAAACACGCUGCCGAUGAACUGGCACGUAACUUACAUAUUAUUGUAGUUAUCAACAAAGUACUAGUAAGGAAAUAAUUUUAUCUGUUUCAAUCAGUAUAGAAUAAAAGAAGGUAUAUUCAUAUAGAUCUGAUAGAUUGUUCGAAAAAAUUAGUCAAUUUUUGUGGGUAACACGUGUUUAAGUUGGACUGUACUCUGUAUUUUGUAUGUUACUUUGUUUGAAAAUGUAUGAUAAUUUUUCAAGAAUCA